AAGGUUUCGUACGCAACUCAACCAAUCAAAUCAUAAUAAACAAUUGUGAAAAAUAUUAGGCAUAUUGUCUUGUUAUCUCUAGUAUUUGUUUUUUUGCGAUUGAAAAAUGAUAUUGAGAAGAUUUAUAUUUAAGAAUAUACAAUCAUUUAGAUGUAUUAGUAAAAACUUAGAUACGCAAGCGAAUGAAUUAGAUAUCGAUAUUCAUGAGAUUGAGACCGUUAAAAGAUUAAAUAGAGCGAUGAAAUAUUUUUUUAAAAAAUCUCAAGAAUUAGAAAAUCAAAUGAAGUCUAAAACUGCUGAAUUUGAAAUUGGGAAAAGACAUUUAGCUAAUAUGAUGAGUUUAGACCCAGAAAGCCUCAAUCAAAAAUCAAUUGAUGAAGCAAUUGAGUAUUUAAUGCCAUCAGGUUUGUUUUCUAUCAAAUCAAGGCCCAAAAUGAAGCCUCCUGAAGAAAUAUACCCAAAACAAAAAGAAUUACAAUUUGAUCAAGAAGGCAGACCUUUUAAUGCUUUUUAUUACACAGGAAAACCAAACUAUUAUUGUCUAAUAUAUGAAAUAGCUGAACAUAUUGAGAAAUUAAAUGAAAUACAAUAUAAAAUGGAAAAAAAAUAUAAAGGAAAAAAUGAAGAAAAUGAAUUAAUUAAAAAAAAAUUAGAUAUAACUGGUACUAAAAUACUAUCUAAGGAAGCACUAGAAAAGAAAUUGCUAGAAACAAUAUCCUCUACCCAAUACACACAUUUUAUGAAUAAUUUUGAGCGAUUAUGUAAUCAUCCAUAUGCAAAUGAGUUAAAAGAUUUUAUAAUAACAAACACAGAAAAAUUGGACAAAAGCAAUAUUUUGUUAGAUAUACCACCAAUUCUUAAAGAUGAACACGGAAAUUUAUAUAGUCAAGCUUAUGGCAAAAGAAAAACUACAUGGGCUCACGCUAAAUUAACUCAAAUCGAUAAACUUGAAGAUGAAUUGAUUAAUUUACAAUUACCCUUAAUCAGCAUAAACAAGGACAAAGAUAUAACUUACUUUCCUGAUUUGAUUCAUAGGGGACAUUUACUUUUACCGCUCACAUUUUGGGGACAUUCUUCUUACCUUGACACUUUUAAGAUAGAUCUCAGAAUCCAAGAAGAUGCUAAAAAAGUUAAAGAUUGGUCUUGCAAAGCCGGGGCAUGCCGACUUGCCAUAGCACGAGCCAUCACUUCCUUUCUCAAUCCUAAUCAGAUAGAAAAAAUGAGAUUAGCUGGUUUGCUCUCCUACGAUCCGAGGACAAAAGAGAGAAAGAAACCUGGUCAAAAAGGUGCCAGAGCCAAAUUUACAUGGCGGAAGCGAUAGAAAUAAAAACGAAAUAUUUUAUAUUUUUUCCAAAACAUUUAAAAGAUUUCUUUUUAUGGCUAAAACAUAUAUGAUAUUUUUGUCUCUUUUCUUUCAAUACGUCUUUCAAAUUCCAUUUAUAUACUUGUAUAUUAAUUAAAUAAUGAUUAUAUUUGUCAAUAAAUUUUAAAUUGUGGUUUUAUUCAU